UUGACUCUUUGCGAAAGGAGAAGGUGCUUCAUGUCUUGGCGUGAGCUCCUUCCCCCCUGGCUGGUGAUCGUAGCGGGACUGACGGGCAUCGUGCUCCUCUGCGUCUCCACUAAGGAUGUGCCCGUCGCCCCUCUCCGGACCAAGUAUGGCAUUGUCCUGGAUGCUGGCCCAUCCCGCACCAUCCUGUUCAUCUACCAGUGGACCACCAUCAAGGCAAAUAAGACCGGGGUGAUCAGGGAAUGCAGUUCCUGUCCCAUACAAGGUCUGGGAAUCUCCAACUACCCAGAGUCUCCUCAGAAAGUAGCAAAGAGCUUGAUGCAAUGUUUGAACUGGGCCCAGGAAGAGAUCCCUGCAGAGCAGCACAGCCAAACCCCCCUCUACCUGGGAGCAACCGCCAGCACGGGGCAGCUGAACCUCACGCAUCCCACCCUCGCCGACAGCUUCCUUGCAGCCCUGACUGUGGCCCUGAAGUCAUCCCCCUUUAACUUUCAGAGGGCACAAAUCCUGUCCAGUCCAGACAAAGAAGCAUUCAAUUGGGUUGCUGUUAACUAUGUCCUGGAGAACUUCUUCAAGUAUGACUGGCGGGGACAGUUGGUCCCCUCUGGGAAGGAGAUGGCAGGAGUCCUGUCCAUGGGAAGAACCUCAGCAUGGCUCACCUCCGAGGUGGAAGAAGAGAACCAGGCAGCGAAAGGAGUGAGGCUGCAGCUGUAUGGGCAGACACACAACGUGCACACUCGCCACUGCCCCUGCCACGGCACCGACCAGCUCCGCAGCAGCCUGCUCUCUACGCUCAUUCAGGAUCAGAGAAAAGCUAAAACCGUGUCCAAUCCCUGCUGGCCCCUCUCCUACUCCCGGGAAGUGCAGUGGCAAUCGGUGCAUGCUGGGCCUUGUGCUGUCAGUGGUGACACAUGGGACAUCCCUGGUCCUGAGGAGGUCUUCAACAUCACCGGCUCCAGCAAUGCCACCGCCUGCAUGAGACUUGUGCAAAACCUGCUCAACUCUUCCUCUUCCUGCAGCUUCCUCACGCGUGCCCCCAGCAAUGCUUUCAAGCCCCUCCGGACCAGGUUUCUGGUGAUUUCCGAGGCCAUGGACUUCCUGAGAGAAACUGUACCCUCUCCUGACUUGGGUCAGGCAGUCAAAAGGCUUUGCGGAAUGUCCAUCAAAGAGCUGGUCAAGGAGUCCCAAAGAAGCCUGGAUACACUUGCUGAUUACUGCCUUGUGUCUGCCUUCAUCUUUCACCUCAGUACGAAGGGAUACACCCUUGACUUCGGUGGGUCCGUUUGGACUGCGUUCCAGAAGAAGAUGGGUGAUACAUCGUCUGGCUGGACUCUUGGGUACCUGCUCAGCCUCACCAACACCAUCCCCCUGGACAGCCCAAGCUUCCUCAAGGGCAUUGAACCAGGGGUCUGGUCUUUGCUCCUCAUCCUCUUUGUCACGCUGCUCACCGGCUCUUUCAUGCGCAUCUCGUACCGGGUGAUGGUGAAGGAGAACAGCCUGAGUAACAGGAACAGCAGUGUUUUCGAUGACAACUGACCGUCAUUCUGGGACUCGAUGCUCUUGCCAGAGUAAGAGGGUACAGACAGAAAUCACACGGGUGUAAGUCACUGGAAGAUGGAUGUGAUUUUCCUGCAGGACUCCCGGAGCCUUGGUACCUUAUUUCAACUCACUAACACUUGCACUACCGUCCUUGGAGACAACGGAUCCUUGGCAGGAGGCCUGUGCUUCCCGCUGGAUGGCAAGCAAACGUUCAAAUGUCCACGAGAACAGCCUGUGCAGAUCUUGCUUAGGCUGCAGCUGAGAUUACUCAUGUCAGCCUAAUGAAACGAUGCCUCUGAGCAGGCAGGCCCUGAGCUAUUGUAAAGCUAAUAUUGAAUAAUGCUGUCUAACCAAGAGAGGUGGUGUCUGGAAAAGGUGCUCUGUCCUCUUCUGUGCCCACAAGAGGGACGAUACCUACAGUAUCGCCACUAGUGAAGACUGGAACAGUAUUAAAAUAUAAUCAGAAUAUAACAGUCAACAACUUCCCGUGUUCUAGGGAAGAAAGGAGGUAUUUUCUGCCAGCUACUACUGAUCUGGCUGUUCUUCCACCUCAGCAGCAGUAUCCAUGCGCCCCUUCCAGCAAACGCUCUGGCUGACCGAGAGUCCUUCAAAAGCAGUAGGUUUUGGUCUUGGACCCUACAACAUGUAGGAUCAACAGGGUCUUGGACCCCAUGACAGAGCAUCAAAGGAGAAACAAAGGGGACAGAGGUGCACCUGAGUUCCUCUCAGCUGACUCCUGGCAACUCAGGGUUAAAAUUGCCAAUUUAAAGUCUUUAACCAGGACUUAAAUUAACACAUUUCAUUUCACAUCUACUAAAAUCGGGUGCACGCUGGGCUGAAGUUCCCCAGUUGGUUCGUUUGCACUGAACUGCUUGUCUCGCUGACUCUGGAGAAUCUCAGCUAAUAUUGUCCUUUAGGCAAGAGCAGGCCCAGGAACAGAAGCUUCCCUAAUUGUCAGUCCAAUGACUUUCAUAUUAGAUUGUGACCAGAGUUACUUUAUAAUCUAAUAGUCAGGCUCCUCUGGCACUCGGCCGUCGUUCCAGCUCCUCUGGGCUGCUCUGCUUGCCUAAAAGAUGAGAUGCUGUACAAAUUCCUCGUGCAGUUGUGGGAAGGGGAAAAGGGAUGGAUUCAGACUAACACUGUCCUUUGACUAAAGCUUCUCCAAUUGCUUCAGAGACUUAAACACACAGGCUGUUAAAAGCCCAAGGGACGAGUGUCUCCUACGCAUUUCAGACCACUUUAAAAAGAAAUUGAAAUGCUCACAGACACAGCGAUGUGCCUUGCAGGAUUGUUAAAGCUACCGUGGCACCCAACUCCUUUCAAAUCUGGUUAUUAAUUACUUCUGCUCCCAACUAAUAUAUAGGACACCCCCCAUCCCCCAUAAUAUUGGGGUAUUCAUAAAUUUUCAGGCCAAUUAAUGAAGGUUUGGAACCCGUCGGUCAAGUUUGGAGGGGUGUGGAAACAGAUUUAAACAAGCUUCAUAUUCAUUUCUUUGAGUUGCACGUUAGAUAUUUUUAAUUGUAUCAUGUUAUUAAAGAUAUUUUAAUAGAC